GGUGUUUUCUUUUAUAAAAACUUCUUUCUGGAGAGUGGAACCUACAAUAACUGAGGCCCUUCUUGCUAAGGGCAUCUCUAAUACAAGAGACAAUUUUGCAUUCCCUUUUCAUUAAAAAUCUGUACCUAGAUAAAAUUUCCAAUCUGGUCCCAAAUCCAUUGUGGACGGUCACACGAAACUCUUUAUAUUGUCUCCACCAUCACCCACAGCCCCCCUGUUGGCAUUUAUCCUCUGAAAAAUGAAGUCCUGUUGUGUUCAUUUCAUGCAAAUUAUCACCGGCAGAAGAGAGGAGGAAGAUUUCCAGAUAGAGAGACCCACAAGAUAACCCCAGAGUCGUUAGACACAGGAGCAGAUGUACAGGGCGUGCUUGACUCAUACUCAAGGUUGCAUAAGUAAGAUUUCAAAAUUAAUAUUACUCUGAAGUCCUCAACCUAGGGUAUAGGGUUCCUGGUUGGAAAAGAAGAACCGUAUCACUGUUCUGUGUGGGUUUUUUUUUUUUUUCUUAAAUUUUUUAACAUUACUUGCCCGUGUAUCUCCGCCUUCUUUUUUGCAGGAAACAUUAUUUCCUUCUUCUGCACACCAAGUUUCUACCUCCAGAUCUCUUUGGUUCAGUUGCUGGGAAGCCUGACGCUCCAGGGCCACUUGGGAGAAGCCAUCCACUGGGCGGAGGAAGAUGGGCGACAACGACACGCUUGCCCUGUUCAGCUACCCCAUGCUGUCCACACCCCAGUCUCUGUUCACAAGCGGCAACCAGGGGGGCAACGAGGAACCCACCACCAAUUACGACUACGAUUACAGCGCACCGUGCCAGAAAACCGACGUGAGGCAGAACGCGGUCCGGCUCCUGCCUCCGCUCUACUCACUCGUGUUCCUUUCCGGCUUCGUGGGCAACCUGCUGGUCGUCCUCAUCCUCGUCAACUGCAAAAAGCUGAGGGGCAUGACUGACGUCUACCUGCUCAACCUGGCCAUCUCCGACCUGCUCUUCCUCUUCACCCUCCCCUUCUGGGCCCACUAUGCCGCCAACGGGUGGGUCUUCGGGGAUGUCAUGUGUAAGACGGUCACCGGGCUCUAUCACGUCGGCUACUUUGGCGGAAACUUCUUCAUCAUCCUCCUGACCGUCGAUAGGUACCUGGCCAUCGUCCACGCUGUGUUCGCUUUAAAGGCCAGGACGGUCACCUUUGGGGCGGUGACAAGCGCGGUCACCUGGGCGGCGGCCGUGGUCGCCUCUCUGCCGGGGUGCGUCUUUAACAAGUUGCAGUGGGAAGACUCUUUUUACUCCUGCCGCCCUUCUUUCCCACCAGGGUGGAAGACUUUCCACGCAGUCACGAGGAGCGUCUUGGGCCUGGUCCUGCCCCUGCUCGUCAUGAUCGUCUGCUACUCGGCCAUCCUCAGGACCCUGUUCCGGUGUCGGAACGAGAAGAAGAAGCACAGGGCCGUGAAGCUCAUUUUCGUGAUCAUGAUCGUUUACUUUCUCUUCUGGGCCCCCAACAACAUCGUCCUCCUGCUGAGCACCUUCCCGGAGUCCUUUAACGUGAGUGACUGCCAGAGCACCAGUCAGCUGGACCAAGCCAUGCAGGUGACGGAGACCCUGGGAAUGACGCACUGUUGCAUCAACCCCAUCAUCUACGCCUUCGUCGGGGAGAAGUUCAGAAGGCAUCUCUCCGUGUUCUUCCGAAAGCACAUCGCCAAGCAUCUCUGCAAACAGUGCCCGGUCUUCUACAGGGAGACCGCGGAUCGAGUGAGUUCCACAUACACGCCUUCCACAGGCGAGCAGGAGGUGUCCGCGGGCUUGUAAACGAGUAACGGUUUGCCUCCGACCGUCAUGCGGGGGGACGGAAAACUGCAUGUGAUAAAAGGCUUCGGGGGUCCACUGGAGAAGGGAGGCCCGCGAGCCUCUCAGGCGAGUGCGCACGGGAAGCUCAGGGUCGGACUCACCAAGGCAGACUUCGUCCCUCCCUGUGCGGCCAACGGGCGCUCAGGGAAUGUUCCAGAACAACUGCGGGUGCAGACCGUGACUCUCCAAAGAGCUCCCUGCCAGUUCCUGGGAAACGCCACAUCUGGAGAAUGCCUGUGCCCCUCUCCCAGCCUUCACCUGCGCCUCACUCGCCCCGCAGUGCUCUCUCUCUGGUCAGGGGCCCAGCGGGAGGCAGGGAGGGGGCUGAGCAGGCACAGGGGGAUGGCGUGUGGGGUCCCGGCCAUGCCAGGAGGAGGGAGCUGCGGGCAUGGCUGAGCCUGGGUGAGGAGGAAGGUUUCAGCAGCAUUGUCCCCAGCCCCGCCUGGAAGGCCUCCCCCCACCCCACCCCCGGGUCCCAGAGCCUGGGAACCAUAACAACUCUCGGAGAGCUUACUUUGGGUCCAAUCGUCCUCUCCGUUGCAAGCGCGGGACACAUUUUUGCUUCCUUGUGAUUUAUCUGCGAUAACCACGCACCCUACACCUGAAAUCUAGCAAACCCCAUGCCCCGUUGUUCACACGCGUUUCACAUGCCACCUCCCCCGAUGUAAAAAUGUAAGAACAUUCUUGGUUAAUAAAAUACGCGUAAUCUUUAAA